GCGGCCGCUCCGCGUGUGGCUGGUCUCCCGGCGGCGGCGCGGGCACCAUGUCGUGGCUGUUCGGGCUCAACCGGGGGUCUCCCCCCGUGGCGGGGGACGCAGGCCCGGGCGGGGCCGGCCUGGCCCUGCCGCCCCCUCCCUCCGCCGGGGGCCCCGCAGCGGGGGACGGAGCCGGGGACCGGAACACGCCCAAGGACAAAUGGAGCAACUUUGACCCCACCGGGCUGGAGCGGGCGGCCAAGGCGGCCCGGGAGCUGGAGGCCUCCCGCCAUGCAAAAGAUGCUCUUAGUCUUGCUCAGCUGCAGGAACAGACAUUGCAAAUGGAGCAGCAGUCCAAAAUUAAGGAAUACGAGGCAGCCAUUGAACAGCUGAAGAACGAACAGAUCCGGGUACAAGCAGAUGAGAGAAGAAAGACACUAAGUGAAGAAACCAGACAGCAUCAAGCAAGGGCCCAAUAUCAGGACAAACUGGCAAGACAGCGCUAUGAAGAGCAGCUGCGACAGCAGCAACUCCUUAAUGAAGAGAACUUGAGGAAGCAGGAGGAAUCUGUGCAGAAGCAGGAAGCAAUGAGGCGAGCCACUGUGGAGCGGGAGAUGGAGCUGCGGCACAAGAAUGAGAUGCUGCGUAUUGAAGCGGAAGUGCGAGCCCGCGCAAAGGCUGAGCGUGAGAACGCAGAUCUCAUUCGGGAGCAGAUCCGCCUGAAAGCUGCUGAGCAUCGCCAGACGGUGUUAGAUUCCCUCAAGACAGCGGGUACAUUGUUUGGAGAAGGAUUUCGUGCCUUUGUAACAGACUGGGAUAAAGUUACAGCCACGGUGGCAGGUCUGACCCUGCUGGCAGUGGGGAUUUACACGGCCAAGAACGCUACUGGGGUUGCAGGGCGAUACAUAGAAGCUCGACUGGGCAAGCCCUCCCUGGUGAGAGAGACCUCACGCAUUACAGUGCUGGAGGCACUCAAGCAUCCCAUCAAGGUUGGCAAGCGUCUUACCAGCAAGGCUCAAGAUGCUCUUGAAGGAGUUGUUCUCAGCCCCAAGCUGGAGGAGCGUGUGAGAGACAUUGCCAUAGCAACAAGAAAUACAAGAACGAACAAAAGUUUGUACAGGAAUAUCCUUAUGUACGGCCCGCCUGGUACUGGGAAGACUCUCUUUGCCAAGAAAUUAGCCAUGCAUUCAGGCAUGGAUUAUGCCAUCAUGACAGGUGGCGAUGUCGCCCCCAUGGGGCGGGAAGGAGUUACUGCCAUGCACAAGGUCUUUGACUGGGCUAACACAAGUAGGAGAGGCCUCUUGCUGUUUGUAGAUGAAGCAGAUGCGUUCCUACGGAAGAGGGCAACAGAGAAAAUCAGUGAAGACCUAAGAGCGACACUGAAUGCAUUUCUGCACAGGACAGGACAGCACAGCAACAAGUUCAUGCUUGUUUUAGCAAGUAACCAGCCAGAGCAGUUUGACUGGGCCAUCAACGACCGAAUCGAUGAAAUGGUGAACUUUGACCUACCGCAGCUACAAGAGCGGGAGCGGCUGGUGAGGAUGUAUUUUGAUAAGCACGUCUUGAAGCCUGCCACAGAGGGGAAACAACGACUAAAGCUGGCCCAGUUUGACUAUGGGAAAAAGUGUUCUGAGAUUGCCAAGUUGACGGAGGGCAUGUCUGGCCGAGAGAUCUCCCAGCUCGCCGUGGCGUGGCAGGCUGCAGCGUAUGCAUCCGAGGACGGCGUCCUGACUGAGGCCAUGAUCGACGCCCGCAUGACCGACGCGGUACAGCAGCACGAGCAGAAGAUGGAGUGGCUGAAAGCGGAGGGCACAGACCCAAACAAGGAGGCUGGCAAGAGCCAACGGCUGCCUCUCCCCGUGGGGACGGCUGUCUGAGAAGCUGCAGACUGGUGUGCGCGGGGAGGGCCGGGGGAAUGACGUUGGAGGGUCGGUUGGCCGGCCGUGUUGGUGAAAUCAUGUUCUGGGGGUGAGCACCCAGUGGUGCUGCCAUGCAGCGAUGGGAGCUGCCCAGGUCCUGCCCUCUCAAUUUUAUACUUUUAGGGAACACCAGAAAUAAAUGUCUUUUAAAGCAGGCUGAAGAAGCCGCCAAAUUAAAGGAGCCCCCUUGACGCAAAGCCAUUGCCUCGCUGCUAGUCUGUGGCCUUUCUCCUGAGAGCACCAAAGUCAACCCCCUCUGUCAGUGGCAUAGCCAGGGGGAGCGGAGAUUAAAAAAGGCACCACCCACUGGUACUCUCCCGGCGGCGCUCCGGGUCUUGGGCGGCGGGUCAGGCGGCGCUCCGGGUCUUCAGCAGCACUUCAGCGGCGGGUCCUUCACUUGCUCCGGUCUUUGGCAGCACUGAAGGACCCCAGAGCAUGCUGGCCUGUGGUUUCCAAGGAGCACAGUAGCCCGGCACAGCAGCUACAGCCUUCAGCCAUGGCAAGACUCUCCCAACAGCGUGUCCCUGCUGCGCAGCAGACGCUGCUCCGACAGCUCUUGCGUGGCUCAUCUGGGCGCCCCAGCGCUGGGCUUGCCCUGAGCAGCAGGACAUCGUGCUCUUCCCAGGCAGGUCCCAUUCCGUGGCUGAGUUUUAACACAUGCAGCGUGUCAGCACCUGGUGUGAGAUCAGCCAGGGCAGACCCCACAAAAUUCCCCGGUAUCCAAGAGGGCUGUGUAGAAUAAAAUUCCUCCUGAGCUUUUAUCCCCUUCACAUGUGGCACCGUAGAGUAAACCUGCCUGGGCCUUACCUUGGAACUCACCUGGCUGCGUGGAUCUAGGAGAUCAGCUGACACCUGCAUUCCCCAUAGCAGCGAUCUUAGAGGCAGCCCUUGGACUCCGAGCAAGUGGCCGAUGUGGUCUAUGGGGGGACAGUGCGGUGACUCUCUGCUAAAACGAUAGUGCCUCUUGCAGGGAGGAAGGACAGCCCGUGCUAAGGGACUGACUGGUUCCCUGCUGCCGGAGCACAUGUUCCCGUUGUACAGGCUUUGUUCUGGGAGAUGCUGCAUUUGCUGUGUCCAUCCAGCCUCUUGCUGCGCUGUUCGGUUAGGAAGCAGUGAAGGCUUUGACGUGGAUUUUGCUUCCACGUAAUUCUGCCCUCCGACGAGUCUCCGAGCUGGUGGAUCCUAGCAGACAGGUGGCUACAGCAGAAAAAGCACCAGCCCCACUGGCAAAGGAUUGACCUGGCCUUAGACAGAUCUCCUCGUGCCCUACAGCAGGCCCUCCGCCCCCCCGAGGCAGGCUUGCUCUCUCGGCUGAAAGCUGCAUGGGGGGGAGCUGGCCUGGCCAGGGCUGGCUGUCUGGCACCUGUCAGCGGGCAGACAUCUGGCGUGGCAGCUCAGAUGCUGUUUUAUGCCAUGGCAUGAGGGGGGAAGCAAUGGGAGAUGCCCUGGAGCCACUCCUGGCCUGCUGAGCGCUUGACAAGCAUUCCUGUGGCAGGAGCCUGGAGCCCAGCCUCCCUGGAUUGGUGACAUCGAAGCUGCUUGUGAGUCUGCGGGCAGGCCAGAAACAGCCUCUGGUUUUGAGCUGAACUGGGUUUGAACUCCGGAUUCCCGAGCAGCUUUGCUUUCCAAGUUCCCCUCUGUGCCCGCACCCCCCAGAUGCGUUUGCCUGAGCUAAUCCUGUGCCCUGGAGUACCUGGCGGAGGUGCUCUCCCCCGACAGGAACUGACAGCGUGCUAGUCACUGGGAGCUGGCUUGCAGCUUUGAGAAAUGCGUGCUGACAAGGGCUGGGAGCGGGAGGGAUCGCAGUGACUGUGCAGAGACUGGCAGGGUUGGCCUCCCGGGGACUUGAAACAAGCAGCUUUGUAGGGCACCACAAAGGCAUCAGCACUCGUGGCUGCAAAUCCACCUGUCUUAUGCCAUCGUCCGCUCUCGCUACAGCUGCUGGAAGCCCCACCAGCAUCCCUGGAUACUAGGUUGGGCGAGAGAGAAUCUGGCUGCUUGGGGAAACUGUAGCUUCAGAAACUUGCUUAUGUGAGGCUGGUGCAGCUUUUCCGAGUGGCUGGUGUCCAGCUGCAGGGUACUGCAAAGGAGUGCAAGGCUCCUCUUGCUGAGGGCAGGGCAGCAUCUUUCCCAGUAUGCAUUACUAAGCGCUGACAUGCUUUUCAGCGGCCUCUGCUGGCUGCUUCCCUGGAUCUCCCCCAGGCAGCUGUACAGAAAGUCCUCUGGGAUGAAAACCACCUGUUGCAAGACUGCUGUCCAACUCCCAGCACAAUGGGCUAGUGGGGCAGGUGCUGCUGUGCGCUGAGGGCUGGCCGGAAGGGAGGGACAACGCGUUCAUACGGCUCUGACCAGGCGACACUGGGGUGUGUCUGCGCUGUCCGACCAUCCAUUCUCAUCUCUGCCUUUGGAAGGUGACACUUCGGUUGGGGUGGGGAGAAGGGAGGUGUCGAUGCCUUACUGUAUUGUGCUGUGUGCACUUACAGAUGCAGGCAAGGACAUCUCAGGCAGGGUCCCAGCGAUUCGAUCUUGGUGUCAAAGACCGGUGGGUGCGUGGCUUUGGGUGUCCAGGGAAACUGAAGAUCUCUUCGUGCAGCGCUAGCCCUGAGAACGGUGUAAUUACCACAAAGGGGGCAGCCUCUGUCGCUCCUGCAUGUGGCCAGUUUUAUUGCGUGCCCUGCAGUUGAGGGCUGGCAGUGGUGGUCCCCAGGUGAAUUGCAGGGUCCAGCUCAUGAUGUAGGGAGGGCAGAGAAUGUCAGGGUGGAUUUCGUCCUGGGUGCUGAGCACGUGCAGGUCCCUCUGGGCUUGCUCAGCUUCUCUGAAAAUCAGACAGUUUCUCUAGUCUCCCUGUCUGUGAAAUAUGGGGAGGGAGGGGAAUGGUCCUCACCCCCAUUUCGGAAUGGGCUUUGAGAUCUACUGGUGGAAAAGCACCAAGUAUUUACCUGCCUCCUUUGAUGCCACACCCAGUCUUUGCUCCUGUUAGCUCUGCCAGGGCCAAACGGUCUGGGCCCCACUCUGCCUCAUGCAUCAACAGAACUGUCUUAAUGUGUGACACUUCGUUAUUGACGAUUGAUGUAAAAAACACUGCUUGACUCGCUGGUCCCCGCUGGUGUUACAGCACUGGCAGCUUGGCGAGGGUGGGGGAUCAGUCUUUUCCCUUGUAAACUGAGCCCACUUUAGUUGGAAUCCCUGGAAAUGAACAUGGGCCAUCAUUCUUACUGCCCCUCUGUCGUGUCUGUAAUUGCUCAUUAAAUAGAAUCUGUUGAUUUAUUAGGGCAGCCUCAGAUAACUAGUCUCUUCCCAUCCUAAUUAGUUUUUCCUCAAUCACAUUUUUCUUCUAUAAGCUGUAAGAAAGAAGAGCAAGAACACAGCUGGGUAUUCCUCUGGUUUGUUCUGGUAUGAUGUACAUGGAGCCCACAGAUACUAGAAAGAGAAAUGCUGUAUUUCCUACUGUGCUCUCCAGCCGUCUGUUCAUCCCUUUCUAUCCUUCCUUUCCUGUCUUCUGCUGACACCAGUAAAUAGAGAGUGAACACCGCUUAAACCGAGUGAAACAGCACCACAGCUGCUGUGUCCGUGUGUCCUAUGCUGCCUCCCACUGGUUGCCCUCAGUUACGUCUUAAAAACCAAGUGGAGCCAUAGCUCUGGUGACGCAGUUCCAUUUCUCCCCCUUGCUGGCCAUCUUUGUGGGGACGGCGUCGAGUCCAGUUAAAGGCAGUAUGGUGUUGUGGUGGGGAAUUGGAGGGCUGGUGGCAUUCUCAGCCCACCUGAUCGAUGGUGCUGACAGCCAAUUUGGGUGAGGCUUUGCACUAAUUUUUUUUUCUUUGCUGCCAAAUCAGUGGAUUUAGAAACUGCCUUUAAAUGAUAGCUAUUAAUUGGAGGUGCCCUUAGUUUUCCCUUGGAGUUCUGCUGCACAGAAUUUCCGCAUGAAUGAGGAAGGUUCCAUGCCCCAGAGAGCAGCUAUUGCUUCCUGAAUCAGGACAGGGUCUCUGCACCACUGCUUAUGACCCAAUCACUGACUGUAUGAACUCACACACGAUACGAUGGCAGUGAUCUGAUGGCUUCUCUGCAUGUGUUCUGGUGAGUUAAGUGUCACUGUCCAGGCUCUGUGUCUAACUUUUAGGUCUUGUGAUCGUUACUUUUGUAAUUGCCCAAAUAAUUUAACUGGAAAGGGGGAAGAGGGAACAAAAACGUCUAUCAAGUUAUAACCAUUGGUUUUUGUUUUAAUAAAACAAUAUGAAAUUUGA